AUGAAUGUUGAAGUGCGCACCGAGCGUGUGCACAAGACAAUGGCAAUGUUAGAGGAGCGUUAUCGCAAUUCAGACAAGGAACCCAUACACUUCCAAAACCUCAAAGUACAAAGGUACCUAGCACUGGAAUACGAUGGACUACAAUCAGUAGUGGACAUCCUAAUCAAAGGAGACAAGCAACCUGAUGGAAGUCAAGGACACUUGUCUGACAUCGAACAUGCCAAGUUUCCUACUAUGACUGAGACACACAUACGAAUAGCGUCAGUAACAAAAGCUGAGCGAAUGUUGAGGGAUCAGGCGCGAGCUGCAAAUAAUGCAAAUCAAAUCAACAAUACACAGGCGAACACGCAGGUAGAGGAUAACUCUAUGAACGCCAACAAACGUCACAAGACAGGCAAUGGUACGCACAACCAGCACAAACACGGGGGGCAGACUCAGAAAAGAAAGGAGCACGUGAAGAGCGUGCAUCGGUACAGCGAAAGUCCCGAGAAGAAAGCAAAUCAAGCUAAGAAGGCUUUGCAACAAGCCAAGAAAGAUGUGCAGAUAGCAAGAUCCUCCAUCACAUCUGGCAAGGUGGAAGACAUCACUGAAGGUGAUGAGCACUGA